CACUCCCGCGCCCACCAGUCUUUAGUGCAAAUCACUUGACGUUUCAUUCUCUGGACAUCAGAUUCGGUAUUCAACUCCUUUAAAAGGUGCAUUACGAGAUUAUGCACGCGCUCUUGUGCUACCCUUACCUUAAGGCUCCAGUCCGCCCACUUUGCCGGAUGCAUCGGUGUUAUUCCUCAAUAACUUCUCGUUAACACCGUUACAAAAUCUCCUUUUCAGCGCCGUUUAGAGUCUUAGCAUAUCGAUUAAUAUUUUUAAGAUUUCGGGUAGUGGAUCACUAAAAUAGAUAUCUUUAUUCUAUUUAAUCGAACAAACGUUAUGCUUAAGAUAUAUCUGUAAAGUAGGAUAUGAAUCCGAUCGGUAUGUAAAUCAGUUAGCAGCGUGUCAACCCAUUUACUACAUUGUGUCUAUAAGAACUGUCCACCAAUAAUGCAAUUAUUCUAAUUUGAAAUUCUGAUUGAAUUAGAAUCUGAACAUUGCAUAGCAAAUAUGUUGGAGUUUAUGUAAUAGGGAAUAGGCAGAGUUUAUGUCAAUAGUAUGUUUAUGUUAAUUUAAAAAAUAUUUUAUAUUUACAUUCGUGUAAAUAUGUAAAUAAAUUAAAUGAAAGCAGAUAUAUCUUAAUCAGUCGUGAAUUUGAAUGCGAUGUGUAUUUAGAUCGUCGAUGGGUUACGGAAACGAUAAUAGAUUUGGACGAUAAUUGGCAAUAAUAAGCUUAUGCAUGGAGUGAAACAUCACUACAGGCACGGCACCCAGCGCUCGCAGAGUCUCAACCGUGGACAUUCGUUGUCGCGCUCCGAUGGGACCUGGUGACAUCACGGGACCACGGGCAGCGUAGUAACGUGCGCCGAGUGCGGCCAGCGCACGAUGGGCAACAAGCUGUCGUCUUGUUCGUGCGCGCCCAUCCUCCGCAAGGCGUACCGGUACGAAGACAGCCCGUGGCAGAACUCCCGCCGUAGAGACGGACAUCUAUUGAGGCUUUGGGCAGAGGUGUUCCACGUGUCAGCGAGUGGUGCUGGUACCGUGAAAUGGCAGCAGGUAUCGGAAGACCUGGUACCAGUCAACAUCACCUGCAUCCAGGACUCGCCCGAGUGUGUGUUCCACAUCACCGCCUACAACUCGCAGGUCGACAAGAUACUGGACGUUAGACUAUUGCAGCCUGGUACUCGCAUUGGACAAGCCUCUGAAUGCUUCGUCUACUGGAAGGAUCCGAUGACCAACGACACAUGGGGGCUCAACUUCACCUCGCCCAUAGAUGCCAAGCAAUUCAGAGAAUGUUGCUCACCAUCAUUCAAAUUCUCACGUAAGGCAUCCUCGAGCUACAGCCUGAAGCUGGAACCGCCGGGCAGCAAACAGAAGUUCAAGACUAAAAGGAAACCAGUCUCUACCCCGGCCAGUCCCAAUCGCUCUAGCCUCACCUAUGGUCGUGAACCUCAGUGCACCUGCAUGACUCAAGAACAAUAUGCCAGAUUAAGAGCUCAAGAUCCUCGAUACCGCUCCUCAACUCUGCCGCGUACCACUACACGUGCCAUUGAAACAGAUGCAGGCGCUGCGGGCGGCACCGCCGGCCGCUCCGACAAGGUUGCGGCGGCAACCUCCUCCACCUCGCUCUACGACAACGUCACCAGCUCGCAACCAGCGAACCAAGCACCGCCAAAACCGGCAGCCCGUCAGACCGAGACCCAGCCGCCGUCUCGCCCUCCGAAGUCCCAAGAGACCUCAACUAUGACUACUAACACCUCGACUGCUCCAAAAACCGUUACUGCCUCAGUGGGAACACACGGAACAAAUAUAAACGACGAGUCACAGACCACGAGUGGCCAGGCCAGCCAACACGGCCAGGACCUCAAGUCGGAAGGCGUCCAGGCUGGCGGCACCCUCACUUCCUCCAAGUCUUCCGCCACGUCUACGCGAUCCAAAGAACAUUUGCAGCACAUGCCCAAGAGUGUUGACUACGGCGACGGGAAUGAAUCUUCACGCGAACAAGACCGCCACACGAUGCACAAUCAUAACGUUAUCAACAAUAAUACUUCCGGGUCUCGUCGCACUAAGUCGAAGAGUACAGAAGAUAUGAAUAUGGAUUCGAGUACACUGAAGCGAAUGUUGAAACCUAUGCCGUCAACGGAGAGCCCGGUGACGUCACCGGAGAUGGGUCGUCGUCGAUACGGCGGCGCCGCGCCCUGCCCGCCCACCUGCGGAUCACAUGGGCACCGCCACCAGCCGCACAUGCACCACGGACACUACGCCCAUGUCGUCAACAACAACAGCCGACAGGGCUCGCAGAGAUACUCCUCAACAAACCGCGGCGUGGGUGUCGGUGCAGCGCCGAGUGGUUACCCCGGCCGUGGUCUGUACUUGGAGCUGGGCGGCGGAGAGCGCGACCUGUCCCCGCCGUCCGACAACGUGAUGUUUGACAACCAGUGCUACGCCACCACACCAUCGUCAUCCAACGGGAACUCCGACCAGGAGCCGUGCCAGCGACGCGACAGGGACCCCCGGCAACAUCACCAUGGACAAAAGCCUUGUCUAUCGCGUCAGGCAUCUCAGUCCAGUGCGACGCCAGCGCCCGGGUCUCCCACAUCACGAUUACUACUUGAAUACGAGAUGCAUCUCCGCAACACACUGGCUAAGGGUAUGGAUGCAGAGAGCUAUAGCCUACACACGUUUGAGGCUCUGUUGAGUCAGAGUAUGGAGGAUUUGGAAUACAACGACAACAUGCCGCCAUCAAAUCAGCGGAGUCCAUACCCUCCUCGUAGAAGACCAGCCUCGCAAUGCUCCGGCGGAGGGAGCCGAUCUUCAACCCUGCCGUUACCACAUCGCCUGGGUGUUGAGAGGCAGCAUAGCGCCCGGUCUGACCGAGAUGGUUAUUACAGCGACCGCAACGAGUUGAUGAGGGAACGAGAGAGGGACCGCGAGCGGGACCGGGGGUACCUCAGCGAUCACAAUACCAGGGAUCGUGUCAGAGAUCGCGACCAAGGAUACCUGAGUGAUCACCAGUCAAGUUUCGUAUCGGCGUCUCGAUGUGCGUCCUGUAUCGGCGAGUCAGCUCGCUCCGCCUGGUACCGCCACUCGGAUGGCUGGCGCGGUGCCCCUCCCCCCGGCCCGCGCCGCUCCCCCUGGGACUCCUUACCGAGCCUCCGGCAUGAAGGCAGCCUCAACGACUCCGGCUAUCGAAGCAACAGGGCUGACAGCUUUGAACAACGAGGCGUGUUUGAUCGACAAGAUAGCGUGCGUUCGGAGUACGCGAGCGAUCGAGAGUCGUCCCGGUAUGGAAUCGUGCAACAGGCAUCGAUCGACAGCACUGACUCCAGAAUAUGCUACCUGACGUCUAGUGAGAUAUCUGACGAUGAUCGCAUGUCGCUGACCACGGCAGUGUCUGAUGAAGAGGACCCGGGAGAGAGCGCAAUGAACUCGCCGUACAAGGGCAAGCAGACCGGGGCCGCGGCUGCCUCCUUCAACUGCACCGGCGCUGUGAGGAAAGCAGGAUUUUUGAGUGUGAAGAAAUGGCUACUACGCAAGAAACAUCAGAUUGAACUAGCUCGCAAGCGUGGAUGGAAAGGCUACUGGGUAUGCCUGAAGGGUACUACAUUACUGUUCUACCCUUGUGAUUCCCGAGAGGGCCGUUCAGUUGAAGCCGCACCCAAACACCUCAUUAUAGUCGACGGGGCGAUCAUGCAACCUAUACCUGAACACCCUAAACGCGAUCACAUAUUCUGUUUGAGUACGGCCUUUGGUGAUGCUUAUCUCUUUCAAGCACCGUGUCAGAUCGAGCUCGAGAACUGGGUGAACAGCAUACAUAGUGCAUGCGCCGCGGCGUUUGCUCGACACCGCGGGAAAACAGGCACGCUUCACCUACUUCAAGAAGAGAUUUACCGCCUCGAGAAAGCUAUAGAAUCUGACCAUAAGUUGAAACACAUGGCCGACUUGCAACAAUCCGUGGUGUCAGACCCUGAAACGAGAGCACAGUUAGCCGUACAAAUGUUGCAAUGGGAGGAAAAUCUGGAAAGAUUACACUGCGAACAAUUCCGCCUGCGAUGCUACAUGGCGAGCCUUCAAAGCGGUGAACUACCGAAUCCUAAGUCGUUGCUGACACAUGUCUCACGAGGCACAAAGAGCACACUGAACAAGCUGGGUGUGUUCACGGUGUCGUCGUUCCAUGCGUUCAUCUGUGCCCGCUCUCCCUCGCUGCUCAACAACCUGCUGGCGGGCAGGGGGGCCACUAAACGGAGGGCGCCUAAUCUGUCGCGCUCUAAUUCGGGCUCUAGUCGACGUUCUAUGCAGAUGUCGCGGGAGGAAGGCGAAGCUGUGGUGAGGGUAUCCUUACCCGAAGGUACCACGGCGACUGUGGGAGUGCGUGAGGGGAUGUCGGUUGAAGAAUUCCUUGCGGCGGCGUGCGCGCGACGCUCACUUAAUCCCCUAGAACACUUUGUGAGGGUUAAGAAACGUCGAGAUAUGGAAGAUCACAACUACUUCGUCCCGCAUAGAAGUGACCUCAUUGAGACAUACUUGCACACACAUGAGGUAGUGGAAGUUUGUGCCAAGAUCUUGUACCAAGUGGAACUGCAAAGGAACACCCUGGAACAGAUGUGGGGCUUUAGUGUCGAGGCCGAACUGAUUGAGAACGCAGAACGACAAGACGAACUCUGUUGCUAUGUCAGCCGCGUCGAGGACAAGAGCGUUGCUAUGCAGAAUGGUAUAAUCAAAGGCGACGAAAUAAUGGUGAUUAACGGAGCGAUCGUAUCUGACCUAGAUAUGAUGUAUUUGGAGAGCGUAUUACAAGAGGAGCUCUCGCUGGUUAUGAUGAUGAGGUCGUCACGCACGGAGCCGCCCGAGCUGACCGGCGUGAUGCGCGCUGCCACAGACGAUAUAAUCGAUUCCCUGGUGUGCCCGCCGCCUCCCACCGACCCGCCCGUCAUCUCCGACGACAUGAUAUCCGGACUCAUCGUGCCGGCGCCCGCGUGGAGUAAAGAGCUCUACAGUCCUGAGCCAGACACGCACGGAGAAGCCGCGACCACGGGCCCGCCCAAAGUGAGCUCUCGGACGAACUCCUUUGAGAUCGAGAACCUCCUCAAGAGUGCGGAGCAGGUGACGGGCUGGUGCCGCUCGCCCGCAGACACGCGCCGAGGGAGCCCUACGGGCAGCCUCACCAGUGCCGCCGUCACUCCCUCGCGGCACCUCUCCGAUGCGGACAAGCUGAGGAAAGUGCUCAUGGAACUCGUCGACACGGAACGAGCUUAUGUCAAGCAUCUGAAUAACUUAUUGGAGAACUACCUGGAGCCGCUCAAGAGGGAAACUUUUUUAUCGAAUGCCGAGAUCAACGCUCUGUUUGGAAACAUACAAGAGAUAGUAACUUUCCAGAGACAGUUCCUACAAAACUUAGAGGAAGCGCUUGAAUCUGAACCGAAUUUCAACCAUUUCGAAUUCUCAAAUCAAUUCAAGAAUGUUCUCUUCGCCGUUGGAAACGCUUUCCUCUAUUACGUCAACCAUUUCAAAUUAUACAGUUCUUUCUGUGCCAGCCACAGUAAAGCACAAAAAGUUUUACAUCCAAAUGAGGGAAAUCAGGCGCUUCAAGAGUUUUUGGCGGCUCGUAAUCCAAAGCAGCAACACUCUUCAACGUUAGAAUCGUACCUAAUCAAACCUAUUCAACGAAUCCUUAAAUAUCCCUUACUAUUGCAACAAUUAAGGAAUUUGACUGAUGUGAAUUCGGAAGAGCAUCUUCACUUAGUGGAGGCGUUAAAAGGGAUGGAAAAAGUUGCGGAACACAUCAAUGAAAUGCAACGAAUACACGAGGAAUAUGGUGCUAUAUUUGAUCAUUUGUUUAGACAACACCAGAAGUCUUGCAAGCAGCCCAUUGAUUUAAGUCCUGGUGAUUUGUUAUACUAUGGAGGCGUAGAGUGGUUGAAUAUAUCAGACUUUUUAGGUAAAAUAAAGAAGGGGCUGGAGUUGCACGCAAUGUGUUUUGUAUUCAAAUCAGCUGUUGUCUUCCUCUGUAAAGAAAGACUGAGACAAAAGAAAAAGUUAAUGGGGGUUUCCUCCAAAAAUAACUCAAACGAAGUAGAAAUCAUACGAUACCAAGUGCUGAUACCAGUGACGGAAGUACAAGUGCGAGCUUCGUCAGCUAAGGACAUGGACAGUCACUUCUUGUGGGAGCUAAUUCACUUACGCAGCCAACUACAACGGCGCUCUGAGAAAGUCUACGUGCUGUCUAAUAGUACGGCGGACUUCCGUAACGCGUUCCUGAAGACGAUCCGGCAAAUAAUCCGCGAGUCUGUUCGCAACAUGUCGCUGCCCUCUCGGCCGGCACCCUCCCCGCCGCGCGCCCCGGCCACCCUCGACAGACCGAAGCACCAGGUGCACGUGAUGCAGGGAUCGCAAACCCUCGGAAAAACGAAAAAACCUAAAACAAUGGGUCAGAGGCUUUCAGCUGGUAACAUCGAGGUGGGUGACUUAUCUCGAGAAAACUCCCAAGAUGCUGACGAACCUCCUCAAGUAUCGGAAUUGUCGUCUGAUGAAACUACAUUCAGGCAAAGAAGCAAGACCAUAUGCGAAGCAAUUGAGAGCGGCGCCAAACGUACUCUGCCGCCCCCUCCCCCGCCGACCACGGACACGGACAAGUCAGAGGGCGGCUCCAAGUCGGAGGGCGAGGACGAGCUGCCGCAGCCGCCCGCCAAGCGAGGGUUAGGCCGUACUCCCAACCACCUCACCCUCAGCACAACUUCGACUCUGAGUGCCGGAAGCACCGGAAGUCAGGCUCGACUUAUUCAGUCUUCACAUCAACCUACCCAGUAUCAACCGACAAUGGUCAAGGAGCUAGGAUCGCCCGUGUGGAAACCGCGCGACGUGAUGAGCGAGGCGGGCCCGAGCGCGCCCUCCGCGCCCACCACGCUGCCGCGCUCGCAGCGCCCCGCGCCGCGCGCCCCGCACCUCUCCGCGAGCCGCAAGUCGCUCGCGCCGGACCACCGCCACUAACAACCGCAAACCACCGACAACCCGCCACUUUACCCUUUAAAACCUCUCUUCCAAAUGACCUUCUAAAAUGUCUCUUGAAACUCUACCUACGCUCCUCCCUAGUUGUGAUACACGCUUCCUUGAUUCUGACUUCCAUCUGAUACGCUUUUAAAAACCGAAUCACUUCCAACCAGGCUUGUCUUAAUAUCCUCAAAAUACAACAUUCGGUAAAUCAAUUAAUGAUGAUUAUUGAUUAACUUUAUGAAGCAACAACUUAGCCUAUAAUAUUAUAGUUCAGUCUUCUAAUGGCAAGUGUUUUGAGAAUAUAUUGACUAAAAGACUCUAACCUGUGAUUAGUUGCUCUGUUCACGCGACAACAACUUAUCUCAGAAGUAAAAAUGCUUCUAGUCCUUACCCUGAAUCUUCCGACUAUAUGAACCCAACUAGUUUCGCUAUAACUCUUAUAAUAGAUCUUUAACUUCAGUACGGGUUAAAAUAUUGAAAUUAACCGAUAUAUACGUUGCAAUGUUAUAAUAUAAUUAUGCUCUGUAGUUGGCAUAUUUCUCAUAGUCGAUUUAUGUAUCGAUGUGUAAUGGAUUUGAAAUUAUUAUUUUUACGUUUGCACAGUUAAUAUUUUAAACAUUUAGUGAUUAAUUUUGUUCAGAGUUUAUUUACAGUAAGAAAUCAAAUUACAUAAUAUAUCGCACUAUACUUUAUAGCUUGCAAAUUAAUAAAUUAUUAAGAGUAUUUAAAUAUUGUUGGAAAAUAUAAAAAUUUUAAAUGUAAAAACAAACAGCAACCUAAAUCUUGAGGAAAUUUGUAAACGGUUGUACAUUUUCAAUUGUAUUUGAAAAAUAGCGAAAGCAAAAGAAAGGAAGGAGGGAGUAUGAAAAUAAAUUUAGAGUGAUUUUGGAAUGAGAUUUUUUGGAUUCUGUACAAAUUAGAUACAGAUUUGUUUCAUUGGUCUUGCUUAACAUUUGCUUGAUAUUAACUAGGUGAUUUCAAAAUAAAUGCUAUUUAUUUAUAUCAAAAUAUCGGUAGUUUCAGUCGUUUUGUCAUGCUCAAAUAAUUAUUUUUGUAGUGGAUUUUUGGAAAUGUAUUUUUUUGCGCUCAAAUGUUUUCUCAGUAAUAAUAAUUUAUGAUUUGAUCCAAAAAUAAGACUGCGUGCGGCUCGUCUGUGGUAUAGAAAUGUUUGAAUACGCGACUGUCAGUUAAGUGGUCAGUGAUCACCGCUAUUAAAAUGUACUCGGUGGUUAUUUGUACUACGAACUUUGAAAUUACGGGUCUCGACCUAAUAGUGACACAGUGCAGUGGGCACUCGCCUAGUUCCACCUCAGGUUAACAUUUAUUCGAAUAUCAUGACUUAAUAUAAAUUUUGAUAGUCAUUAAGUUUAUUUUAUUCAUAUUAGAUCUAACGAAAAAUCCUUUAUGUAAGUCAAAUCUCAUAACAAAUGACAAUAUCAAUAGGAGACAGUUUUUGAAAGUAAACAACUUGUUUAUCAUUUUAGGUGUACAUUUCGACUUUUUAUUUUUACGGCAUUCAUAUAUUUAGUUAAAAAAAACAUGUAUAUUCUAAUGUUCUAUAGAAAGUACUAAUGCAAUGCCCAUUGAUUAAAUAGAGUAAUUGAGAUUAUAUCUACAAAAUGAUUUAAAAGAAAUCUCUUUUAUUUUUCAAUUAUUAGUAAGAAUUUCAUUAUUUUUAUGGUCUAACAAACCUUUCUAUAGAACAUCUGAUUCAUGAAUUUCUCUGUCGCCGAUAUUAUUUUGUAAACAUUGUCAUUGUAUACUAUUUUAAUUACAAUUUUGAACUGAUUUAAAUAAUUAAAAAAAUAUGAUGUAAACUUGAAAUAUAUUUUCAAUUGAGAAUAGUUAACGGGCAAUAUUAAAUAGUAUUGCACGUGUGUUAACUUACUAAUUGUUAUAGACACCUAUGGUUCCUUUCGUUUGAAUACAUUUGCCAAAACGAUGACUUAAUAAAUAUUCUAUAGUAAUAUGGUAUCCUGUGCCAAAAUUAGGUAUUCCAUACCUAUAUGUGCUUUUUAAUACUCACUGUUAACAUAGUACUGAAUAAAAUAUAUCGUGAACGUAGUUAGCUGUAAUCUACAUGUUUGUGUUUCUUUUCGUCACAUUGGCAACGCAAUCAGUUAGGACUGGCGCCUGCAGAAGGAUGAUUACUCGCAUAACAAUAUAUAAACUAAAUCAUUAUCUCAGAAUCAAAAUAAUCGUCUAAAUAACUAGAUCUUUGUUGUAAAUUAAUUAUAAAACACGGCUAAAACUUACGCAGUAUGCCCGACUAGUUUCGAACCUAUACGGGGCCCAUAUAGUCAUGAUCUGGAAUCUUGCAACGCGGCACGAUCAAACUGCGAAGCGGCGGUGCGGUGCGCAGCCGCUCGCAUCGCGCGUUGAGAGAGGGGCUGAGUGGUGGGGAGUGAAGGUUCCGUUACACUCUCUGACGGUUCAUUAAUGUCAUCUUUAUUAUGUUUUAGCCGUGUUUUAUAGUAAAUAAAUAUGAAUAACACUCUCGAUAGUUUAAAUUCUAAAAAGAGAUUAUUGUAAGUUUUCAAUCACUGAGCCUCGAUAAAGUUUUCAAUCAAUAUUACAAUAACGUAUUUUAUGACAUAAUAUAUAAUGACGCUCUUAAACAUAGUAAAUUGGUUUUUGUCGUCCAUAUGUACUACGGCGUAGCGCUACGACGUAGCGCCAUGCAGUGCAACAUUUCAAUAGUUUGGAAAAACUAUGGAUUGCAUUUUACUGACAUUCGUAUAUCAUUACGUUUUCAUUACAGCAUAACUGUCCAGUUGUUGGCCAAGUGGUCAACCUAUGUGGUUCUAUUUUUCUAUUAUCCGUAUUUAAUUCUUCCAAAACAUUUCUCAGUUAAACUUUGCAGCCGAAGUUUACUCAACCGAGGUCUCAACGUUCUUAAAAGAUUUUUUUUAAAUAUCUGCCAUAUCUUUUAAAUUCCCAUUUCCCUAGAACUAGUCGGAAAAGACUGUGUUGAGAGUCCCCGUUACUCGUUCGUCUAGCCGUUGGUCAUCGAUUACACUGCCACUAUGAAAUAGUGAUGUUAAUUGAUAGACACGAUAUAACGAUCUUAACACGUGUAAAUAAAAAGGGCCUGAGUAUCAUAAACACGAGAAUAUGUCAUAGAUCAUGCAAAGUAUUUUUCUAGUUUAGGAAACGUCAAAUUCCAUGUUAUAUUACGUUGAUGUUUAUAGUCAUUUAGCAAGAGGGUUGCUAAACUGAAGUGAAACAAUAUUGCUUUAUCUCAUUCACUAUAUCUUCAUUAACUAAUAUGAAACACAAUCUGAGUGUAACUUCCAUAAAUUUGAUGAUCGACCUAACUGACAAAAAGAAAUCUCUCUAAUCGUUAGGACAUCGUAAGCAUGUUGCCUACUAACUUUAGUUUUAUCUUUAAACAUUACACAAUUUUCAUAUUUAUUUAAUCAAUGAAAAAUAACAUGAACGCUAGUUAUUUUCUUAUCCAAUACAAAUUAAAUGUUAUGAAACAGUGUAAGUAUAUUAUUUGUAUGGUAUGUAUUUUAAUAAAGUAACAUCCUAACGGGCGCCGGACCUAAUCCACCCUAUAGAUGAAAAUGCACUUUACCUUAUGAAAAAGUACACUAGGUAGUUUUGAUAAUAAUUUCUCUUCGUGAUCAAAUUCGAAAUUUCUAUCAUAGGUUAGGCGAAUUAUAUAACAUAUAAACAUGACUCGGUUCGUUUUUAUUUAUCAAUUGAGAAAUAGAGAAAUAGUCGUUUUGUUAGGAAAAUUAAAUUGACAAACUGUUAUUUAAAAUCAUGGUUAAACUGUAAACUGAACAGCGGAUACAAAGAAAAGUAUAUACUUUUCUUUUGUGUGCUUUUCACCCAAUUUAAAAUAUUUUAUAAACAUUUUUUAACGAUUUAUAAUUAAGUGAUAACAAUUAAACAUAUUAUUCAAUAAAUAAAAGAGAUUUUAUUUAUAAAAUAAUGAAACUUUUUAUUACUGUAUAUUUUGUGACAUCAAUAUCAGUUGAUUGUAAUGAUUAAGCCAAAGCCAAAACCAAGCCAUUAAUUGGAUAGUGUAAAUAUGUCUGACAGUAGGAAAUAAUUUAGUUUCUGUAUUUGUUUUUUAAAAUAACCACUUUAGACCGAUACCGUUAUUGGUACUCGUUUUUGAUUCAUUAUCACAGUAGACAUUACCAUUUAAUUUCAGAAUAAAUUAAACACAUGAAAAAAUGUUUUUCAGUUUAUUUAAUGCAUAUGAAAUAAUAGUUAAAGAUACAUAUUUUAAUUUAAAUCUUUUAAUAAACUUAUAUUUUGUAUGGAUGAUGGCACUUUGUAGAUCGUGUUCUUUGCAUGUGAAGACUCGCUCUAUUAAUAGGCAAUGGUUUCACUUACCAUCAGGUGGGCAAUCUGCUUGGUCCGUCAAUUAUUACUUUAGUAAACAGAUUAGUUGUGUGUUUCGAUUUUUUCUGUGUAUUAAAUAUAAGUUGAAACAUAUCACCGACGUUAAAUCACCGGUUCAGUUUACAAGUUAAAUUAUGAUUUUAAAUUAUAUUAACCGUUUUACACUAAUUUAUAUAUAUAUUGUAUAUUAUGUAUCAAUACUGUGUAGAUAUUGUAAUUAUUUAUUAUUAUUACCACACAUAAAAAUACAUAUUAUUGCAAUUAUAUUUCAAAUUUUAAGUAUCAGUUCCAAAAUUGUUUUGUGAUUAAUUAAAAUAAAACCUGUUUAUUAAUAUACAUAUGUUAAAAUAUUCGAAUUUAAUAAUUACGAACUUAUACAAUCAAUUUAUAGAUAUUGUUAUACUAAGAAAAUAUAAUUAAUAAAAUGAAUAAACAAAUAUGAGUGAAUAAUGAAAUGAAGAAUGAGCUCGUUAAUUGCGAUUGUAUUUCAUACUUCAAUGACAUUUGAAAGUAUUGUAGGAAAAUGAAUGAAUAUUUAGAAAGACUUAUUGAAGUAAAAUACGGAAGUAACUAAUGUUAUUAUAAGUAUUGUACUUUUAUAAUUUGAACUUUAUAUUAUUUGCAACUAUACUCAGUUAUUAUGUUUUCUUCGGUAUUUAUAUUUGUGAAAACUACUCCAAAGAUGCAGUGUACUGUGUUAAGGUAAAAACCUGGCUGGCGUAAUAACUUAUAUCCUAUUAAUAAUUUGCUGAGUAUGAUAUUGGAUUUCUGUAACAUACUGGUCUAUAAUUUGAAAUAAGUAAGUAGGAACUCAAUAUUCAAACUAAUUAUUUUCAUUACAACGCCUAAAUUAAAAGUGCCUUUCGCUAUUCUGCUUGUGCACUAGAGUUUGUUCUGUUUACACGUACAUUUGCAUCUUUUUAGUGGUUUAGUGAGUUUUAUUUUUUCUUUAACAUUCUUUUAAUAUAUAUAAAUAUUCACAGAACUUUAGGAAAUUAAAGACCUGAUAUGUAAAUCGGUGUGUGUAUUUCCAUUGUUUUUGGAAUUAUUUAUUAAUAUGUUCAAUUUUGUGACACAUAUGGAAAUUACUUUUUAUUGCUUAUGAAUAAAUAUAAAAUGUAUUU